CAUACACGCGUUGCAGGCCUUGGUGGGCCUCUGCUGGGCCUGCAGCGCGGUUGCUGCCUCACCGAUUUCCGCAACGAAAACCUGGUCGCGAGUUCGCGACGCCGCCGCCGCCGCCAGCCAUGGAAGCUUCCGCCUCCACCUCCACCGCACGCCGCCUACGGGCCUUCAGGCGGUGGAUGCGGGACCACGGCGUCGUCUGCAGCAACGCGCUCCGCCUCGACGCCGCCGAGGACGGUGGCGGCGGCGUCUACGUGCGCGCCCUCGCCGCGCUCCGGGAGGGGGACCUCGUGGCCACCAUCCCGCGGGGCGCGUGCCUGACCCCGCGCACCUCCGGCGCCGCCGAGGCCAUCGAGGCCGCGGAGCUCGGCGGGCCCCUCGCGCUCGCCGUCGCCGUCAUGUAUGAGCGCGCGCGCGGCGCCGAGUCGCCGUGGGACGCCUACCUCCGCCUGAUCCCCGAGCGGGAGCCCGUGCCGCUCGUCUGGCCCGCCGAUGAGGCCGAGCGCCUCCUGGCCGGCACCGAGCUCGAUAAGAUAGUGAAGCAAGACAGGCAGUUCAUAUGUGAGGACUGGAAAGAGUGUAUUGAGCCACUCAUUUUGUCAGGAGAACUUGAGGUUGACCCAGAUGAUUUUAGCCUGGAGAAUUAUUUCUCUGCUAAGAGUCUACUUUCGUCGAGGUCCUUCCGAAUAGAUAGCUAUCAUGGGUCUGGAAUGGUUCCCCUGGCUGACCUUUUUAACCACAAGACUGGUGGGGAACAUGUCCACUUCACUUCAGUGUUAGAAGCCUCGGACUCAGAUAGUGAAGAUGGUGAAGAUCCAAACAAUGCUUCUGCUGAUGAACAGUCAACUAUAGAAAAUUCUGCCGACAUCCCUUCAGGAGAUGACGAUGAAGAUUUGGAAAUGAUUGUUGUGAGAGAUGUCAAUGAAGGGGAGGAGGUUUUUAACACAUACGGUACCAUGGGAAAUGCUGCUUUGCUUCAUCGAUAUGGCUUCACAGAGAUGGACAACUCAUAUGACAUCGUCAACAUCGACUUAGCUCUGGUUACUAAGUGGUGCUCUUCUAAGUACUCCCGUCGAUAUGCAAGAGCAAGGGUAUCACUCUGGCAUAAUCUGGGCUAUUCAGGUUGCACCAGCCAAGAUGCUGACUACUUUGAGAUUUCAUAUGAUGGAGAGCCCCAGCUUGAACUUUUGAUCCUGCUUUAUAUCAUCUCCUUGAAGUCUGAUGCUUAUGACAAGCUGGCCAGCGUGGCUCAUGAUCUGAUUGGUGAUGAUGAGGUCGACAGCAUUAGUAGUGUGCUUAAGGUUGUCAGAGUAACAAGCUCCAAUCAACAUCCAGAUAUUAGCGGGCUUGAAAAAUUGCCUGAUGUUAAGAAGCUAUUGCUUAAUGAGAGCGUUUGUUCUGCACUUGUAUCCCUUGUUGACAUGAGGGAGAGCCUCUAUGGUUCAAACACUUUGGAAGAUGACAGGCAAAAACUGCAAGCAUGCUCUUCUGUCAACGAAAGGAAUCUCUAUCAUUCUUUGGUGCUGCGGGUGAGCGAGAGAACAAUACUUCACAAAUUGAAGAAACAUGCAUCUAGUUGGUCAAAGACCAAGAAGAGGAAACAGCUCUAGCUAUUUUGGGGAAAUGAUGUUAUAUUAUGGCACUGGUACUCAACAUAUACUGCUUAAAAUUUUGCUUUAGCAAUUAACAGGCAGUUUUUGUUUUUCCCAAUCUGGUAGAUUCUUAAGCGGUAGAUCACCAACGGAAUUUAUCCGAGUCAUUUGUUGUUCUUUUGUUAAUGCUGUGAUCUGUUGUUCCAUGUCAAUUCUUUCUGAGGUUGACAAUAUUUUGACAUGACUUAAGUACUAAAGUAGCACAUGCAACUAUGAAGUAUGGAACAUUGUUUC